CAUCCGACCGUACAUAAAGGCAGCAGCAGGUUCCGUAACGGUGCUGUCUCUGACCCUGUGCAGAGGGGGUUGUGCUGAGGUUGCCGGGCCGAGAGGACGCUGCCAUGGCUGCACUCUUCAAGGCAAGACGAGCUCUCAGCUUGUGUUUGAGUGGCUGUCGAAGCCUGUAUCAGCUCGCAGAGUUACCAGAAACUCAUCAGAUCCUCAGACAGACCUGCAGAGACUACGCUGACAGAGAGCUGACCCCCAUCGCUGCCAAGCUAGACAAAGAGCAUGUUUACCCUGCCAAACAGAUUCAGGAGCUGGGGACAAUGGGUGUGAUGGCCAUGGAGGUUCCAGAGGAGCUGGGUGGAGCUGGGAUGGACUACCUGGCGUACAGUCUGGCUAUAGAAGAAAUCAGCAGAGGCUGCGCCAGCACCGGAGUCGUGGUCUCUGUUAACAAUUCGCUGUACAUUGGACCAAUACUGAAGUUUGGUACAGAAGAGCAGAAAAAGCAGUGGAUCCAGCCGUUCACCACAGGAGAGAAGGUGGGCUGCUUCGCCCUCAGUGAGCCAGGCAAUGGCAGUGAUGCAGGUGCAGCCUCCACCUUAGCACGUCAGGAGGGAGACGAGUGGGUGCUGAAUGGAACCAAAGCCUGGAUCACCAACGGCUGGGACGCCUCGGCCACCAUCGUGUUUGCCACCACAGACAAGAAACUCAAACACAAGGGAAUCAGUGCUUUCCUUAUCCCCAUGCCACACCCAGGGCUUUCCUUGGGGAAAAAGGAAGACAAGUUAGGCAUCAGAGCCUCGUCCACUGCUAACAUCAUCCUGGAGGACUGCCGGAUACCACUGGGAAACAUGCUGGGUCCACGGGGAGCAGGAUUCAAAAUCGCCAUGCAAACCUUGGACAGCGGGAGGAUCGGGAUUGCAUCUCAGGCUCUCGGUAUCGCUCAGGCUUCUCUGGACUGUGCUGCUGACUACGCACACAAACGAACUGCAUUUGGAGCUCCUAUUGGCAAGCUGCAAGCCAUUCAGUUCAAACUGGCAGACAUGGCUGUAGCAGUGGAGAGCGCUCGGCUGCUCACCUGGAAGGCUGCGCUGCUUCGAGACUCGAAGAAACCCUUCACUAAGGAAGCUGCCAUGGCCAAACUAGCUGCGUCUGAAGCUGCAACUUUCUGCUCACACCAGGCGAUCCAGGUUCUGGGUGGGAUGGGUUAUGUGACGGACAUGCCUGCUGAGAGGCACUACCGUGACGCACGCAUCACAGAGAUCUACGAAGGCACCAGUGAGAUCCAGAGACUGGUCAUCGGCAGCCAGCUGCUGAAGGAAUACCAGUUAUAACUGCACUGCUGUCGCUCUGUGGUACAUUAGGAGAUCCAGUCCCAGCUCUGACAGCUCUGAGUCAGCUCAGACUUCACCUCAGAGGCCUUUCCAUCUCACUCGAGAGCUUUGAAAUGUUUUGGCAGCAGAUCGGAGAAAAUACUCCAAAGUUUAUUUGAUGUUAGCUCCUCGGGCCUGAAGGAAGUACAGAAACCAGUUCAAAUACACUCUAAUCUGCACAACUGCCUUAAUAGCUUAUCAGUGCAUUGUCAGUUUAAAGGAUCAGUUCACCUGCAUUUAAAACAAGGGCAUCUUUUGUCCUUCUGUGUUCAACUGUUUUCUGUUUUUGGUUUUUGUGUUGUGUGUCUGAGUUUUACAGCUGCAGCACACUCAUCCAAUAAGAGUGUGUGGUUUGGAACCAGCCCGGUAACAGCGUGGACCUGCAGUGACAUCAGGUGGCCACACUGCAGCCUUUUCAUUAGUGAUGCACUCCUGGAGGAAACACAAGACUUCUGUAAAUGUCCAGGCACUCUAGUGUGUGUUUGGGGUGAACUGACCCUUUAAGAUCAUGACUGUUACCUGCCUUUGAUGUGGUGUCCUGUGUUACCUGGAGGACAAACUCCGAGUUCCAUCUUGUGCCUCCUAUGAGGAGGUUCAGUCACCAGAGGGCGACAGAGUGCCUUCAUAUUUGUUGACCCAUUUCUGGCUCAUUAAUCACUGAUUGAUUCAUCAGUCACUGAACUGUAAUCACAGAGACACGAUGAGAGUACUCACAGUUGCUGACUGCAGUUUUUUUUAUCACAGUUCUCUGGAUGGUUAAAGCGCCUGUUGUAAUAAAGCUGAGUUGAACUGAUAGAGAUGAUUAUGAUGGCUUGAAGGUGAUCAGUUUUUGCUUCAUAUGUGAAUUUUUUCAGGAAUGUCAGGAUGAGGAAUAAAAUUCUGUGUCUGCCUCA